UAUGGGCCUGUAAUCGCCACCGCAGCAUACGGGCACCACCCUAAUCGGGGGAACUUUGCCAAUCGAUCACGAGAAGGGCUGUCGGCGAUAGGACACCGGGGUGGUAAGAAAGGUGGAAAGGCUCGUGGCACUGGCGGGUUUCAUGAUAUGGACCCAAAAAAGCAACGUGAAAUUUCCUCCAACGGUGGACGUGCCACGAAAAAAGUGGCUGCAGAUAUGGAGGAAGCUGUGGAUGAAUUGAAGGCGCGACCUACGUUGUUUGGAGGGCCUUCGGAGGAGCCCUCGGUUGUGCCACCGGGUUAUCCAGAAUGGAAGACCGGUUCCUGA